UUACGAGUUUCCUGGCCAAGAACCUUAGCAUCGAUAUCGGGGGCCGAGCUCUUGUCGUAGACGCGUUUGUGAUUGAUAUGAAUGACUUUGAUUUAAUUCUUGGCAUGGAUUGGUUCGCGAGAUACCAAGCAGACAUCCGUUGUCGUGAUCGAGAGGUGACGCUACAUUUAUCCGAGGCAGACCACAUCACGUUCUUCGGGACGAAGUCUCGAACCUUACCGCACGUUAUUUCCAUGGCGAAAGCAACGAAGUACAUGCAGAGAGAGGAUUGUCAGGGAUUUCUUGUCAACAUUGUUGGGGAAUCUUCGGAGAAGUUGUUUCCCGGAGAUAUACCCAUUGUUCGUGAGUUUGUGGAUGUUUUUCCCGAUCAGCUUCCGGGAGGACCACCUAACUGCCAGGUGGAGUUCACAAUCGACUUAGUCCCCGGAUCAGGACCCGUGUCGAAAGUGCCGUAUCGCAUGGCGCCGAAAGAGCUUCAUGAGUUAAAGGUUCAGAUUCAGGAGCUGUUGAGUCUCGGUUUCAUCCGACCGAGUGUUUCACCUUGGGGAGCGCCUGUCCUCUUUGUUAAGAAGAAGGAUGGGUCUAUGCGUAUGUGCAUCGACUACCGCGAUCUCAACCGGUUGACGGUGAAGAACAAGUAUCCGCUCCCCAGAAUUGAGGAUUUAUUCGAUCAGCUGAGGGGAGCCAACCGCUUUCAGGACUCGUUACGGCCAUUACGAGUUUGUAGUCAUGCCUUUUG